AUGCACGAUACGGCGCCUUUCACCUUUAAACUUAUCCCUGGGGAUAAGGUCACCGAUGCCCAGUUCGAGGAAUGCGCCAUCUUGUUCUCCGAGAACUACGGCGUCUGGAGUUCGAGAGUAUCGACACCACUCAAACCAGGGGCGCGUGUUAAGAUGAACUCAAAUAGACUGAAGAAAGAAGUACUUGGAGACCCCACCCGAAGCAUCCUGGCACUAUGCACCCUUGAUGGUGUUCAUAUAGGUCAUGCUUUUGCAACAGUGUGGCCGUACGAAGGGUCAAAUGUCUGUUGGGUAACGCAGUUGGUUGUGGCAUCCGGCUACCGCGAGCGGGGAAUCGCCACCAUGCUGCUUCAACUAUUUCCCGGCCCCAACUUCAAAUGUGAUGCAUUGGGAAUCGCAUCAACUCACACUGCUUCCUGUUGGGCCUUAGCCAAGCGAUCCAACAAGCUGGAUCUCGAAUUCAUCAAAACGCAUGCUAAGAAUAUUUUGGAUGCAAGCCCAGUUCCCUAUCUCAAAUUCGGCCUCCUCCGCGGAUCCCUAUUCCAGGAUGAUGAGGACUCAAAUGUAGCCGUCUCUUCCAUUUACACUGGGUUUUACGUCGAUCCCGAGGAGCCGAUCCGCGCCCUACAUCGUUGGCAAAAAGAAAAGGGGACGAAGUGGCCAUUGGGGGAUCUUGCAGAGGGUAACGAGUUCCUCUGUAUCAUUCCCAAUCGACAAAGCUAG